CCCCCAUUCCCCGCUCUUUGCUUUGUCGCUUCCCUCAAUACCCGUCAUCUGAUCCAAUUGUAGCGCCGAAGUAGUGUGACAUGUCUCAAAACAACGAGAAAAAUGUUGAGUCAGGUAAAGAACCAUCACAGCACUCAAAACUCACUCGGAACACAGACUGGCUAUGUUUACGAAACAUCAUCAUAUGGCAAGUCCUUACCAUGAUAAACAUGGGACUAGUCUUGUGUGACUGGAAUGGUUGGAAGAAAGAGCGGUACUCGGCGAAAGGACGAAUAAUAUUUGGAGCGCUACAGACUAUUCUCCUGAGUAUUGUCUUGAUCCAAACUUCCCUGCGAAAGCAACGAGUGAUUGAUCGUAAAGCUUAGAUAUUGCCUAACACUAGAUAGCACGGCACGUAUAAUUACUCUAGCUUUCGCCUUUAUGCUCCUCACAUUUCUGUGGAAUGACGGAAAACCUCACAGACGAACAAACUGC